CCUCUCUCCCCGGAUGACGUGCGGGAGGAUAACAUGGAGUCGGGCAAGAUGGCGCCACCCAAGAACGCUCCGAGAGAUGCCUUGGUUAUGGCACAGAUCCUGAAGGAUAUGGGAAUUACGGAGUAUGAACCAAGGGUUAUAAAUCAAAUGUUGGAAUUUGCUUUCCGAUAUGUGACUUCAAUUCUGGAUGAUGCAAAAAUUUAUUCAAGCCAUGCUAAGAAACCUAAUGUUGAUGCAGAUGAUGUGAGACUGGCAAUCCAGUGUCGGGCUGACCAAUCUUUUACCUCUCCUCCCCCAAGAGAUUUUUUACUGGAUAUUGCAAGGCAGAAAAAUCAAACCCCUUUACCACUGAUUAAGCCAUAUGCAGGACCCAGAUUGCCACCUGACAGAUACUGCUUAACAGCUCCAAAUUAUAGGCUGAAGUCCUUAAUUAAAAAGGGACCUAACCAAGGAAGACUAGUUCCACGGUUAAGUGUUGGUGCUGUUAGUAGCAGACCUACCACUCCUACUAUGGCAACCCCACAAACAGUGUCUGUCCCAAAUAAAGUUGCACCUCCAGUGUCAGUGACAAGCCAAAGAUUUACGGUGCAGAUUCCACCUUCUCAGUCCACACCUGUCAAACCAGUUCCCGCAACAACUGCAGUUCAAAAUGUUCUGAUUAAUCCUUCAAUGAUUGGGCCCAAAAAUAUUCUUAUUACCACCAACAUGGUUUCAUCACAGAACACAGCCAAUGAAUCAAACCCAUUGAAGAGAAAACAUGAAGAUGACGAUAACAAUGAUACUGUGUGAGGAAUAUAAUAUAAUCUAGAUGCAUUUGAAACGUAUUUGUUUUUGAGCCCAGUAUACCAAACUAGAACAUUCUAGAUCUUCUCAAGUUUUAUCUUAGAAAACUUAAAUGUAGCUACAAUAUUUUCACAUUAGUUUAAGCUGUUACAUUUCUUAAGGGUACCAAAGUUUUUUCAUUAGGCUUCAAGUAUAAGAAGUGCUUGUUUUUUAAUAGUUUCAUUAAUGUUAAGUCCUAUUGUGGUAAUUCUAUUUUUGGAAGCAGUUUUCUGCAACAUAUCUCACAACAGCACUUAAGUUUCAGUUUCUACAAUCUGAUCAGUGGACUAAUAUUUAACGGCAUGAUUUCUAAUCUAUACUUAAAUACGUCUUUUGGAAUAAAAUAGUCACUUUUAUUGUCACCAACUUUUUUGACCAAAUCUCUCAAUUUACCAAACAUUUUUUGGAGAGGAUGGAUUUAAAGAGAUUCUGAAUCCAUUUUGAAUAUAUUUAAGUUGUUUCUUGGUGCUCCCUAACCUCCCGCCUCACCCCCAUUUCCAGAUCCCAUUCAUUUUCUGCACCACCUCCUCCCCACAAGCUUAAGUUUCUCCCUAUUGCUCUUUUUUUUUUUUUUUGUCUUUUUGUCAUUUCUUGGGCCGCUCCCACAGCAUAUGGAGGUU